CUGCGCCGUGCGCGCCGCCCGCAGUGCCCGUGUGCGCCGCCGUGCGCCUGGCCGGGGGCGUCUCGGGGUGCACCGGUGGCCGGGCUCCGGCGGCGGCAGCAGCGCAGCCUCAGGCUGGCUACCUCCGACGCCCCCGACGCCAUGGAGGAGUGGGAUGUGCCCCAGAUGAAGAAGGAGGUGGAGAGCCUCAAGUACCAACUGGCCUUCAAGAGGGAGAUGUCGUCCAAGACCAUCCCCGAGCUCCUCAAGUGGAUCGAGGACGGGAUCCCCAAGGACCCCUUCCUGAACCCGGACCUGAUGAAGAACAACCCUUGGGUGGAGAAGGCCAAGUGUACCAUCCUCUGAGCCUGACCCGCACUCUCUGUUAAGGUGUGACUUUAUAAAUAGACUUCUCCAGGAGUCUCUGCUCUGGUACAUCCC